CAUAGUACAAAAGAAGCGGUGGACCACCGCCGGAAUAACGACCUGAUAAGUAUCCGUAUCCGCUCCGGUUUCCUUCCCGCCCGCUUCCUCCGCCCUCUGCAACUCGUCGUUGAUUCGAUCGUAUAUUCUACUCCACCAGCCUUAUCCCUCGCUCCCUUUCCACCUUUUCUUCUAAAUAUAUAUUAAGUCGGGCGAAGAGAGGAAGAGAGGCAGAGAGAGAAGCGGUUCUUGAGUGGGUUUCCGGGCGGCGAUGGGAUCGGAAGGGCGCAUGCAGAGCAUAUUGGUGACGGGCGGGUCGGGAUUCAUCGGAACCCAUACGGUGUUGCAGCUCCUGAAAGAGGGGUUUAGGGUUACAAUCUUGGAUAACCUCGACAACUCCGUGAUGGAGGCGGUCGAUCGCGUGAGGAGCAUCGCUGGUACAGAGCUGUCUGGGAACCUCCGAUUCUAUUUGGGUGAUCUGCGGAACAAGGAUGAUUUGGAAGUAGUUUUUUCUCAGAACAGUUUCGAUGCUGUUAUCCACUUUGCUGGACUGAAGGCUGUUGGGGAGAGUGUUGCUAGACCUCAUUUGUAUUACAACAACAAUUUGAUCGGUACACUGAAUUUAUUUGAAUUUAUGACGAAGUAUGGAUGCAAGAAGAUGGUGUUCUCCUCAUCUGCAACUGUUUAUGGGCAACCUGAAAAGAUUCCAUGUGUCGAAGAUUUUGAGUUGAAGGCAAUGAACCCAUACGGUCGGACUAAGCUCUUCCUUGAGGAGAUAGCUCGUGAUAUUCAGAAGGCUGAUCCUGAAUGGAGAAUUAUACUCUUAAGAUACUUCAACCCAGUUGCUGCUCAUGAAAGUGGCCAGAUUGGGGAAGAUCCUAAGGGUAUUCCUAAUAAUCUCAUGCCUUAUAUUCAACAAGUUGCUGUGGGCAGGUUGCCUGAGCUAAAUGUUUAUGGUUAUGAUUAUCCAACAAAGGAUGGCAGUGCGAUUCGAGACUACAUUCAUGUUAUGGACUUGGCUGAUGGUCAUGUAGCAGCGCUUCGAAAAAUUUUCGUUACAGAGGACAUUGGCUGUGUUGCCUACAAUUUGGGGACUGGCCGUGGAACAUCUGUGCUUGAAAUGGUUGCUGCUUUUGAGAAAGCCUCAGGCAAGAAAAUUCCAAUAAAGCUGUGUGCAAGGAGACCUGGUGAUGCUACAGCAGUCUAUGCUUCUACUGAAAAGGCUGAAAAGGAACUUGGCUGGAGCCCUAUUGCCAAUAUUGUAUGUUCGUGUUUAAUUAUUCCCUUUCAGAGCAAAAUAUGGGAUUGAAGAGAUGUGCAGAGACCAGUGGAAUUGGGCAAGCAAUAACCCGUAUGGUUAUCGGCCUCAAGAUGCAAGCAUGAGACCUAAGAAUUAAGUCACAUGAGUUGAUAACCUAUGGUUCAAGUCCAGAAAGUCCACUAAAUAAAGUGUUAAAUGUGUCUAAGGCUAUCAUCUAGAAACACACAAGUCUGUAAAUAAUUUGGCAUUUCAUGUUAUAUAAGCCUCAUGGAGGUUAUUCUUA